GGGGGCGCGGACUCUCCUGCGCUUCGGUGCGUAAAAGUUUCAUCCCCACGCCAGUCGCUCGCACACCGACCACGCGCGUGAAGACUUUUAAACCUGUUCUGCUCCAUCAUGUAAAAGAUGCCUCCUUAGCAUUCAUGAAGAACUGUGAGGAUUGGAGGGACUGAGGUGAAACAUGAGCCGGUUUCAUUAUCGCAUGCUUCUGUUAUCAGUGACUCUCUUCAGCAGUGCUCUACUUCGGACUUGUGGGAAAUCACAACAUGAAGCUGACAGCAACGGGGAAGAGUGUCCUGAUAAUAAGAUUGUGACAGUGGAGUACCCAUGUAUCAGAGCAGGAGGAGAGAGCGGCACAUGCCUCAGGAGGAAGUGCUGUACAGGUUUCAGGCUCGUCAUGGGCCAGUGCAUACCUGAAAGUGUAGAUGUGUGUGCAGGUUCUCCAUGUGAACAGCAGUGUAUGGAUAACUUUGGCCGGGUGGUGUGUACAUGUUACAGUGGCUACCGAUUUGACCGGGAAAGACAUCGGCAGCACCUUCACCCAUACUGUUUAGAUGUAGAUGAGUGUGACGAGUCGAACGGGACGCUGUGUGAACAUGUGUGUGAAAACACACCAGGCAGUUUUCGCUGUCGUUGCAGUGCUGGAUACACACUGGCUUCAGACCAGCGCUCCUGCAUACCUGCACAGAAACUCUCUCUCCCACAUUCUGCAGGUAAAUCUGAUACUCAGAUGAGCUCUGGUUCCUGCUCUCUCACCUGUCAGGACAUUAUGAACAUGAGAACCAACCUACAGCAGCUCAAACUCCACCUGGGACACACACACUCGAAUGGACAGGUAAACUCACCUGAUUUAGCUAACAGCAGUGAAAAACCACUUCCAGGUAGAGUGGGGAAAAAUCAUGAUAGCCACACCAGGUCUGGUCCCCCAGGAGUGCCUGGACCGCCAGGCCUGCCAGGAGCUCCAGGACAGAAAGGAGAACCUGGAUCUAUCGGAGCUUCAGGUCCCCAGGGGCCGAGAGGUGAUAUGGGCCCUAUGGGUCCACAGCCAGACCUGGGGCAUAUUAAGAGGGGACGUAGAGGGCCAGUGGGACCGCUAGGAGCACCAGGAAGAGAUGGACUUAAGGGUGAAAAAGGUUCUCCUGGACCCAGAGGGCCACCAGGACCUCCCGGGUCUUUCGACUUCCUUCUCCUGAUGAUGGCGGACAUCCGUCAUGACAUCAUCGAGCUGCAAGACAAGGUUUUCGGAAGGAGGACAGACUUUUUACUGGACACGCCCCCAGAGACGGUGGUGGAGGCGGAGUUUAAAGAGUCGGGGUCAGGGCAAGAUGAAACGACGCUCGAUACAUGAUGGAUGUGAAGAUGUGAAGAUAUCGAAGAGGGAGAUUUUGUUCAGACGCAAAAUUAGAGACUAUAAACAGUGACUGUGGGAAUCUAUACUGAAGCUGGAUGACUUCAGGACUUUGGGCAAAUCAAGCAGCUCUCUCACGGUCUGUGUAAAGAAAGUGUUCCAGGAACAUCAGCUUUCGGGGAUAGACUGCUGGAUAGACUGAUAAUAUAUCAGAGAGACUAUAAAUGUGACUUCUUCUCAGACAUGUGUUGUGCCAUUGUAGGAAGAUAAUCAUCAGUGUGGUGUUGGAGUCUUACAACCAAAAGGUUCUUUAUGCUGAAGUUUCAUUUCUCUCAUUCAACAACAAUUUGCCCUUAUUUCAUUUGUAUAAAUUCAAGCAUAUUGUGCUUUUUAUCCAUUUAGAGUUAUGUUUAAUGUUGUGGAACCUCUAUGAAACAGUAAAGACUUUAUACAUCUAAAA